AUGCUCCACCCGUCCCCGAAGUAUUCAUCCUGCCCUAUCAAACUAGAUACGUUAUUAAAAAACAACGAUUUAUAUCUUCUUUUUGAAUUCUUUUUUUUUCUUUUCUGUUUUUUUUCUUUUCUGUCUCUUUUCUGUCUGUCUUUCUUUCUCAGACAUUUCCUUCCUUUACUCUUUCUUUCUUUCUUUCUUUCUUUCUUUCUUUCUUUCUUUCUUUCUUUCUUUCUUUCUUUCUCAGUUACCUCAUCGCUCAUUCUCUUCUCAGAGUCAUUUCUUUCUGUCUUCAUUUCUCUGUCAGUUUCUUUCUUUCAUUCUUCCUUUCUUUUUUCUUUCUCAGUCACUUCCACUCUGUUUCUUUCCCAUUAUGUUUGUCUUUCUUUAUUAGACCCUUCCUCCAUUCAUCGCUUUCUUUCUUUCUUUCUUUCUUUCUUUCCCAUUAUCUAUCUAUCUAUCUAUCUAUCUAUCUAUCUAUCUAUCUAUCUAUCUGUUUUAGACUCUCUCUCUCUCUCUCUCUCUCUCUCUCUCUCAGAUUCUUUCUUUCUUUUUUCUUCCAUAGGUUCUUUCUUUUUUUUCUUUCUCAGUCAAUUCCUUUCUUUUUUUUCUCUCACAUUAUUUUUGCCUUUCUUAGACUCUUUCUCUUUUCGUCUUUUUCACUCUUCCUGUCUCUUUCUGUCUUUCUUUAUAACUUCUUGUUUUUCUUUCUCUCCCAUUAUCUAUCUUUUUGUCUUUCUUUCUUUCUUUCUUUCUUUCUUUCUUUCUUACACUCUUUCUCAUUUUGUCACAAGACCACCUGGUGAGUAUCAACUUCAUUUCUAA